GGCGAAAAGCGUUUUUCCCGAGCAACUUUCCAAGUCUCAUCUCUCAUCACAACUGGAUCCUCAAACUCUUCCCCUCGCAAGAAAACGAAGACAGAUAUGUGCGAGAGAUGGGAGGCAGCAGUGAAAGCUAUGGAGGAUGCAGAUGGACUCAAGCGUGAUGGCAUGCCUGAGAUGAUUUCCGCAUACGCUGGGGAGACAUUUUCUUCAGAAGAAGACGAUAUAGAGGACCUACGUUCAACCAAGAAAGCUAAGGUUCUGCCUAGUGCUGAUUUUGAGACUCUUAUGGACCGCGCUUGGUCUCCUCCGCCACCGGACCCCAUGCUCCAAAUACCAGGCGAGCUUGUUCUGGCGCAGGCACUACGGACGAGAAGUAACAAAUACUGGCCCGCUCAGCUUAUAGCAUACAUUCCACCAACCAAGCCAGGCGGGAAGGAACGCUAUCGGGCCAAGUUUCUAGAUGAACAAGAGUACAACCUCACUCGGGAUAAAUUCUGGACCUCUGAGGAAGAGGGCUUUGUUAUGUGUGACUUGGGCGAGUUCGAAAGCGCCGUCCAGGACACCGAGGCCCCGGACUCGGAAGAUGAACCGGAAGACAGGAAGCGGAGUCCUAGUCCAAAGUUGACCGAUCCGCCUCCUAGCGCAGAUGCUUUCGCGGAGUUGUCGAUACAUGCGCAACUGACAUACGUGAAGCCUGUACUGAACGCUAUCCUUCAAGGGAAGUACACCCCAGCAGGCAGGAGCCAUGAGGCUUUCAUGCGGGGAGGUGCGGCUAGAUCCAGUUUAAUGAAGCGGGCGGCAGUGAGAGGGGGUCUGGACCCGAACGAGGUCAAGCAGUCGCAAAAACUGAUUGCACGGUGGGCACUUGGAGAAGAGUAUGCCCGUAGAACCAAUGUAGAAUUCAAACCUGAAGCAGCGGUGGUGCCACCCCCGGAGCAAGAUAGCACACCCUGCCUAAAUACUUUAGCCACCAAUGGCGAUGGGUUGGCAGACGCUGGGGUCAAAAGCGAGAUAGCUGCAACUUCCGAUAGGGUAGACUGCAACAUUUCUCAACCUUUACCUCCCAGUGACGUUGGCAAUCAAGUAAACGACACUGAGGCAAUGGCAGUGAACAAGCCUGAGACUGGAGCAACAGACGAGACAUCUGCAUCCUCCGACACCGUGGUCCACCCUGACAUUCCUCAGCCAAUACCUCCCAGUGACGUUGGCAAUCAGGUCAACGACACUGAGGCAAUGGCAAUUAACAAGCCUGAGACUGGAACAACAGACGAAACAUCUGCAUCCCCCGACAUCCCAGUUGGUUCGCAUGAAUAUGAAUCACUAUCGACCCUCGAUAAGCUUGAUUACUGCGUAAACAUUCUUCUCCCUGAGGCAAUCCAGCAGCUACUCCUGUGGCGGUCGGGUGAGCGCACUACAGCUGCUCUUCUCUCACACUCAGAGGAAGAAAGGCUGCAUGAGCUCGGUUCAGCAAAGGCGCAGGAGACAGACUGGGUAUUUGACCUCCUCCGCCUGAGGGAGGCGCAGGCGCGGUUGUGGAGCGUGGAUCUGAAAGCUAAAGACAAAGCGAAGAAUAAAGGAGGCGAGGCUAGGGGUGGGACGCGUUCGCGGCCUCGCAAGACUACUGUAUCGCGAUGA